AAUUAGCUUUCUCCUUCUCAACAGUAGUGAAUAUUUGUUUGGGGUUUGAAUCAAAGGUGAGAAUGUCACCUACACAGAAAAUCCCAAAGUUCUUCAUUACUAUAUCUUUCCUCUUUGUCUUCAUAGGACAUACGACUGCUUGUCUGUCACGUCGAUGCCUAGCUAACGACCUCAUUAACAAAAGCCUAUACAGUGCACCACAGUCUCCGGGGUGUGUUAUUGAUGUAAACCUCACCUCUAUCCAAUACAAGAUGCUGUCUGUUAACACCCAGACUAUGCAGUUCUCUAGCCGCUUUAAAAUUAACAUGGAGUGGACUGACCCAGACCUUAAAUGGUCAGAUACAAAUUACACAUUUAAUGAAAUCAUGUUGCCUGUGAGGAAAAUAUGGACUCCUGAUCUCAUUGUGGAGAAUGCAAUAUAUUUGAACAUAAAACCUGCUACUGAAGAUAUAGUGGUGAAACGCGAUGGCACUGUGAACUACGCCAUUGUCAUGUAUACCACAAUAUUGUGCAGAAUCAACCUCCUCACCUAUCCUUUUGCUGAAGGCUCUUGUCCUGUGGCUAUCAAUGGAUGGAGCCAAAGCUCUUGUGGGCUGCAAAUCCAGUACGGCUCACUAUCUGCACAGAUUGGUGAUGGAACUGAAUGGACCACUCUGUCAGUGAACCUCCAAAAUGACACCGAGGCAAAGAACCACAACUAUAUCUAUGUCACUAUAUCCAGCAAUCCAUUUAAAGCAAUGGUCUCACUGGUCCUGCCCAGUGCACUAAUCAUGAUCGCUGAUCUGGUGAGUUUUGCUUUGCCGCUGGAUGGGGGAAAACGCAGCUCCUUCAAGAUCACACUGGUGCUCAGCUUUACCAUGUUCCUUCUCAUUCUCACUGACUACCUCCCUAACACUGGAACAUGCAGCCCUCUGAUACGUUAUCACUUCUGCUUCUGCAUGUUCGUUCUGGUGCUGAGUAUGCUGAUAUCCAUGGUGUUCACAAAGGUGGCAACAGAGGGCAAUAUUCUGUGUUGCAAACUUCCAAAGCUGAGUAAACCAGGCAGUUCUGAUAAGUUCCAGAUUUUGGGCUCCAUUUCUAUGCAGCUCACUGCCAAGCUUGAGGGUAGCUUUCAACUCAGAGGAUUCCCAGUCUCAAGUCACUUAGGUCACCUGAAUAAGAACUAUACUUACCCAAUCAUUGACCUUCACUCCACAUCCCUGCUCUGCCCCAUUUCCGGCUCUGUGGGGGAUGCCACUCCACCUCAUGGUGCUCCACUUUCCUGUUCCAUGGAGGAUGUGGCUCUGCCCCCCUGCCUUGUGUAG